GAACUGUAGCUAGGUACUCCGCCAUUGCUGUGUGGGGUGAUCUACGUUAGAGCAACAUUGACAUUUGGUUGUCAACAACAAAUUACGGACCAGCGAGGAAGGUCUAGUGGAAGCUGUUCCACAAGUAUACUUCCCUGUACCUAACCAGAUCACAUUUUCAUGUAAAUACAGAACACACAGACGAAGUAACCAUGUCCAAUCUGAGCAAAGGCGGCACCAAAAAGGACACCAAGAUGAGAAUACGAGCCUUUCCUAUGACGAUGGACGAAAAGUAUGUCAACAACAUCUGGGACCUUCUGAAGAAUGCCAUCCAGGAGAUCCAGAGGAAGAACAACAGCGGGCUGAGCUUUGAGGAGCUCUACAGGAAUGCCUACACCAUGGUGCUGCACAAACACGGCGAGAAGCUCUACACGGGCCUCCGGGAGGUGGUCACCGAGCACCUCAUCAACAAAGUACGGGAAGAUGUCCUCAACUCACUAAACAACAACUUCCUCCAAACACUGAACCAAGCCUGGAACGACCACCAGACGGCCAUGGUUAUGAUCAGAGACAUCCUCAUGUACAUGGACCGGGUGUACGUGCAGCAGAACAACGUGGAGAAUGUCUACAACCUGGGCCUGAUCAUCUUCAGAGACCAGGUGGUGCGCUACGGCUGCAUCCGAGACCACCUCCGACAGACCCUCCUGGACAUGAUCGCACGAGAGAGGAAGGGCGAGGUGGUGGACAGGGGAGCGAUCAGAAAUGCAUGCCAGAUGUUAAUGAUCUUAGGCCUUGAAGGAAGGUCGGUUUACGAAGAGGACUUUGAGGCCCCUUUUUUAGAAAUGUCUGCAGAGUUCUUCCAGAUGGAAAGUCAAAAGUUUUUGGCAGAGAACAGCGCGAGCGUUUACAUAAAGAAAGUGGAGGCGCGGAUAAACGAGGAGAUCGAGCGCGUACUGCACUGUCUGGACAAGACGACGGAGGAGCCCAUCGUCAAGGUGGUGGAGCGGGAGCUCAUCUCCAAGCACAUGAAGACCAUCGUGGAAAUGGAGAACUCGGGCCUCGUCCACAUGCUCAAGAACGGAAAGACAGAGGACCUGGCGUGUAUGUAUAAGCUCUUUAGCAGAGUGCCAAACGGACUGAAGACAAUGUGUGAGUGCAUGAGCUCCUACCUCCGCGAGCAGGGCAAGGCGCUGGUGUCAGAGGAGGGCGAGGGCAAAAACCCUGUAGAUUACAUCCAGGGUCUGUUGGAUCUGAAGUCACGUUUCGAUCGCUUCCUCCAAGAGUCAUUCAACAACGACCGGCUCUUUAAGCAGACCAUCGCAGGGGACUUUGAAUACUUCCUCAACCUCAACUCGCGCUCUCCCGAGUACCUCUCCUUGUUCAUCGACGACAAGCUGAAGAAAGGCGUAAAAGGAUUGACGGAGCAGGAGGUGGAGUCGAUCCUGGACAAGGCCAUGGUGCUCUUCAGGUUCAUGCAGGAGAAGGAUGUGUUUGAGCGGUACUACAAACAGCACCUGGCCAGGAGGCUGCUCACCAAUAAGAGCGUCUCCGACGACUCGGAGAAGAACAUGAUCUCUAAGCUCAAGACGGAGUGCGGUUGCCAGUUCACCUCUAAAUUGGAAGGCAUGUUCCGGGACAUGAGCAUCUCAAACACAACCAUGGACGAGUUCCGCCAACACCUACAGUCAACGGCGGUGUCGUUGGGCGGAGUUGAUCUCACAGUGAGGGUCUUGACGACAGGUUACUGGCCAACGCAGUCCGCCACGCCCAAAUGUAAUAUCCCCCCUUCGCCUCGACAUGCAUUUGAAGUCUUUAGAAGGUUUUAUCUGGCCAAGCACAGCGGCAGGCAGCUUACGUUACAGCAUCACAUGGGCUCUGCAGACCUCAACGCCACCUUUUACGGCCCAAUCAAAAAGGAGGACGGCUCAGAGGUGGGGGUGGGCGGCGCCCAGGUAACAGGCUCCAACACCAGGAAGCACAUACUGCAGGUGUCCACCUUCCAGAUGACAAUACUAAUGCUCUUCAACAACCGGGAGAAGUCCAUGUUUGAGGAGAUCCAGCAGGAGACGGACAUCCCGGAGAGGGAGCUGGUGCGUGCGCUGCAGUCACUGGCCUGCGGGAAGCCCACCCAACGCGUCCUCACCAAGGAGCCCAAGUCCAAGGAGAUCGAGAACGGCCAUAUGUUCACCGUUAAUGACCAGUUCACCUCCAAGCUGCAUCGCGUCAAGAUCCAGACAGUCGCCGCUAAGCAAGGAGAGUCGGACCCGGAGAGGAAGGAGACGCGGCAGAAAGUGGACGACGACAGGAAGCACGAGAUUGAGGCGGCCAUCGUCCGCAUCAUGAAGUCUAGAAAGAAGAUGCAGCAUAACGUACUAGUAGCAGAGGUCACCCAGCAGCUGCGAUCGCGAUUCCUCCCCAGUCCUGUAGUCAUCAAGAAGCGCAUUGAAGGACUCAUUGAGCGGGAAUAUUUGGCGCGGACACCAGAGGAUCGCAAAGUGUACACUUAUGUAGCAUAAAGGCCUGAAUUCCAUGAAACCUGACACAAAGAAACGAUACCUUUUUUUCUGGGACGGGUUAUGCGUAUGAAUUUGAAAGUUUGUCUCAUACUGGGAAACACUGGGAAGCUUACUUUUCUUCCAUUGAAAAAAAAAAUUGCAGUUAAAAAGACCGUUUCUUCAUAUCUUUUAAAUUUCUUCUGCAGAGAAGAGCUAAAUGGAGGGAUUGGAUCUCACUUUGUUACAGUUUCAUGUUCCUAAUGUGGCCUUGGGAAGAAUUGGGGGGAGAGUGUGAAUGCAUCGAGUGUACUGCAUUCAAACCCAAUAUAACAAAAGGAAAAGAAAACGAGCGUAAAAAAAAUUAUACAAAACAUAUACCAAGCAAAUGUGGGUUGGCUACACGAAGACCAAGAAAAUUAGACAUUUCUCACGUUUUUUAAAUGUUGAUGUAAAUGUAUUAUGUUUGUUUUUUCGUGGCAUCAUGCUGGUUGUACAGGUUGUUAGACACUAUUGGCCUUUUUUCCCUCUAGGGUUUUAAUCAGAGAAGAGGAAGACAUGGAUGUAGUGGCUGGUUUGCAGAAAACAGGAGCAGUUGCUUUGAUAGCAUGUUUUGUCUUAUGGAGUGGUGGGAGAAGUCACAUGCUCUAUUCAAGGUGUUUUUUUUCGGGGGUUUUUCUUCAAUGGGGCCUAUUGUAAAAUUGGAUCAUCAGCCCAUGUAGGUUCCUCCCUAUGCAGAUUACAAGGGGAAGUACAUUUUUUUUCUUUACGGCAUUUCAAUUGGAACCAAUUUAGCACCAUGUUUUAAUGUGUAUAAAUUGUAAAAUAAUUAUUGUACUCACUAAAGUGGACUGUACAGGGCGUAGUUUAUCAUAUUAAAUGUAGAAAAAGAAAAUGUACAUUGAAGGGAAUUUUGCCUCCCUGUUUUAAGAGUCUGUGCCUUGUGUAUUCCUCUCCGAGAGCAGAGAGAAAGCCACAGUAAAUUGUACGGUGAAAUACAG